AUGCAGUUCCAGUACCGCGCCGUAGAUGAGCGCCGAAGCCGGUCCCCUCCGCCGCCAGCGGUGCCAAGUACUCCUGGCUCCGGAUCGGCAGACAGCCACGGCAGCGGCGGUCGGGCAGAGCGCGUGGGGGAUUCGGCCGUGACGCUAUGGCAGCCUAAUCUGCCGCCACCAGAGACAGCGGCGGUCGACGCUGACGAGCUGCGACGGCAGACGGAGAAGGCGAGGAUCAGGGAGCGGAUCCUCAGGGAGGAAGCGGAGCACUGGGAACUCGAGCUGGAGGUACGUAGCGAGUUAAGGGAACAGAUGCUGCGUCAGUCAUGGCCUGUGCUCGGGCGAUCGGCGAGGGGAUCUGACACGCCGGCGGCGCUGUCAACGGGAACGAUUACCGCCGCCAACUCGUCGCUGCCUGUUGUUACGCCUGAGGCCCACCCAAAAGCAAACACACUUGCAACCGCGCCGACCAAGCGGAAGAGCCCUGAUCGUGCCACUGGAGCAUUGUUGGCUCCAAGCAGCAAGAAGCAGAAGAACACACUAACCUGCAUGGUUUGUGGCAUCACCACAAACAGUGAGAAGGCCAUGCAAGGCCACCUCAAUGGGAAGGUGCGCAAGAGGAAGGUGGUAGCACUUCCGGAGUUGCCAAAGCUAGUGGCAGAGACAGAGGAGAGAGGGCUUGAGGCAGGGGAGGAAGAGGCAAUGUCGAUGGAGACAUUGGGAGAUUACAAACCGACAAAGUUCAUGAUGGCGACGACCGCAGGAGAGCUGAACGAAGUGACACAGAUGGACGGGUGUGCCACUGCCACACACACCGUGCGGCGCUUGGAAGGCUUUCUGCUCUGCGAGCUGUGUGAUGUGAAGGCCGCAUCCAUGCAUGGCAUGCGUCAACACUUGUCAGGGAAGAAGCACAAGAAUAAGGCGAACACCAGCUCUGAUGCCUCUGUCAACGUGUCCACAGGUGGAAAGGAAGCAGCCAAAGCAAAGUCGAUAGACACAGACACGGCUGUCAUCUCUGACAUGGUAGCAAAGGUGGAAGCCCCAUUGGAGAAGUCCUUGCAACCAAAGCUUGGUGAUGACGGUGAGGUGCAAGAAGUGACCGUGGCACCACCAAAAGAUGACGUCGCCACUGGGGACAGUGCUAAGCCUGUUGGAACGGAAGUGAUGAAAAGCAGUGCAACUUCUGCUGGAGCUCAGCUCAAUAAUGCCUGUAACUCUGACUUGCUGACCAUGGAAGUAGACAGUGUGAUGCACCCUCUCUCCCGGGUGGAUGGCUUGUUCAUCUGCCUGAGCUGCAAUGCAAAGGCAACAUCCGAGGCCAUCAUGCGGUCUCACCUGGCUGGCAAAAAGCACAAGCGCAAGAUGACGUUUGCUGCACGAGGAAACAAUGACUUGUGUGUCCUUGCCACCAAGGCUGAUGAGGUGCAAGACAACAGCUCAAAGUCCACGAAAGCCAAUGUGGAGGCUGGAUUGGUGCCGUCAGCGGUGCCACAAGCAAAUACUGCUGCCGACAAAGAAGAAUCAGCCCCGUCGUUGGCAACUCCACAAACGAAAAACACCGUUGCAAUGGCAUCCAUGGCAGUAGAUCGACCAGCAGAAGCUCAACUUGAUACUUGCGUUGUUGGACCAACUGAGGAUUGCGAGAUUACUGAGGAAGCUGAAGGAGAGCACGCAGCUGCCGGAUCCAAUGGCUCUGUGACCCAAACUAAGGAAUCCGUGAGAACAAAUGACACCACUGCUGUGCCUGGCAAGCCAAUCAAGAUCCAGGUGGAGGGCAAGGUGUUCACCGUGACGCAGCAGGAGAAUGGCAGUCUCUCGUGCGAGGUGUGUGCCGUACAUGGAUACGACAAAGACAGCAUGAUUCUGCACCUCUACACUAGCACACACUGGGGCAAAGCCAGUCUUGCAGAGAAAAAAGAGAAGGAGCAAGCGUGCAUGGUUGCAGUUGCAAUGGUGAACAAAGAUAGCGAGGUUGGCAGCAUGGCAAGUUAG